AUGAGCGAAUCUCGGAAUCAUCUUCGCUCCGUCUCGGAUUUGUACGCUGCAGACGAAAUUGAAGUAUUGUUAUUGGAAGAAAUAAGAGAUCUCGAGCCACCGCCAACCGCAUAUUCUAGGCCUGAGGACAUACAGGACUUCGAAAUUGCAGGGAGUCGAACUGGGGGAGCUGUAAGCUCCCACUCGUCGGAGCUGGAUUCACCAGGGGUACAUUCAACCGUCCACUCGUGGGACUCGCAUGAGAAUUACCAUGGCCCUUAUGGCCACGGUAAUAAUCGGCAUGGCUCUUCCGGUAAUGCACUGCCAUGGCCACGUGCCAGCCACUUGGUACUUGUCUGUGACAUACAGGGUCAUCUCAAAACCACCACGGGUGUCGUCAGAGUUCUCCUACUCAUAACAUCAGCAGCAUGUUUGGCAACAUUAUGCAGCUCUGGCACAGCAAGUGUCAAUCUCUUUAUGCUGCCACACGUUGGACGCUUAAGAUUCAUGAUAUUUGUCACUGUAUUUUGUCUCCUAGUCACAAUUCUACUUCUCUUCCUUGAUAUAACACACGUUGUCUACAUGUUCCCUCUCAAUUGGGAUAAAGUGAAUUUUUGGGUAUUCACUGGCAUCGGAGUGUCAUAUACAGCUGGCAGUGGAUUGUUGGGGCUUUCUAUAUGGGAGUAUCAUGGCACUGGAUGGGUGCCACGUCGUACUCGUUCACAACUUACUGUUGCCGCUGGUAUUGCCAUAUUCUGUGCGAUAUUAGCAUUUUUACUCUCCUGGAUUCAUGGGAGAACUGGGGUCAAUUGUAAAUCACAGUCCCACGAUCAUUCCCAGAGUCAGCUGUACAAGCCAGUGGAUUCAACGUCAUCCGGGAUGACCCUGAAAGACAAAAGCCCGAAACCAUCGUCUGGUUGGGUAGUGAAAAGCCAGAAGGCAAAAAAAAGUGUUGACACUGAAUCGAACACAACGAGUAAAGGGAACGGUAACUGCGAAAAAUAUAAAUCGCGAAAGGAUCACUGGGCAUCAGCGAGGGAUGCAUUUCUCCCUCAGGACGACGAAGAGAAUCAGACGAUGCAGAGAGAUGAAAGUGAUCUCGAGCGCAAGAGACGAAGAAGAAGACGCGAUGGAAGUGGCUCGAGUGGUAAUGGAGUUGCUGGUAAAAAAGUUGAGACAGGUACGGGUAGACGAGUGCCCCAGAAGUUGCCCCUGAAGCAGAUCGAGAGGCCACAGCCAAGAAGACCAAAUGCGGGUAAAGGGCCAGGUGUCAAGACAUCGAGAACAAGUACCAAUAGUGAUUUUCAGAGCUGUUUGGCAGCAACUGUCAAGGAGUGGGAGAUGCAGGGGGCAACUGAAGCUGAAAGAGUUGAUGCUGCCAAAGCCAUCGAAGUUGCCAUGUGGUCGAGCCAAUGGCGACAACCACCUGAUGACGUUCAACCAUGCUCUAGCAAAACAGUUGAUCCUUAUCCAUUCCCGUGAGCCACUUCAUCACU